UUUCACAAACAACUAUUUGUGUUACUUACUCAUCCUUGUAUAAAAUAAUACUAGUUUGCUUUUGAUACAGGCCAAGAGAUCUAAAACAAACAUGUUUUCCACAAAUCCCAAUUACACUAAACUAAAAACUCACCUGAGGCUUUCCAUAAAUCGUCUGAAAUUGUUGGAAAAGAAGAAAACCGAGUUGGCGCAGAAGGCUCGCAGGGAAAUAGCUGAAUAUAUUGCUGCGGGAAAGAGUGAACGAGCCAAGAUCCGGGUGGAGCAUAUUAUAAGAGAAGAUUACAUGGUAGAAGCCAUGGAGAUAGUAGAGAUGUACUGUGACCUGAUCCUGGCCCGCUUCGGGCUGGUGACGCAGAUGAAGGAGCUAGACGAGGGCCUGGCCGAGGCCAUCUCCAGCCUCAUUUGGGUUGCGCCACGGAUGCACACUGAUGUCCAGGAGCUCAAAAUAAUAUCUGACUUGUUGACCGCCAAAUAUGGCAAAAUAUAUGCAGAUGCAUGCAGAAAUGAAAGUGUACACACAAUAAGCGAGAAGUUGAAACACAAGCUGUCAGUUCAGAGCCCUCCGAAGAUACUUGUGGAGCGGUACCUUAUAGAGAUUGCUAAGAAUUACAAUGUGGAGUACACUCCGGAUGAGCAAGUGAUGAGGGAAGAAGAAGUAGGACGAGACGCGAUGCUGAUCGACAUCAACGGGCCGCCGAUGCCGCCCGGGUUCAUCGGCUUCCCGCAGCCGCCCGCCCUGCCGCAGCUGCCCAACCUGCCCCCGCCCACUGUCACUCCGUUCAGCUAUCCUUCCGGUCCGUCCGGCGGCAAGGCGGGCGGCUUCAUCGCGCCGCCCGGCCCGAGCGGGCCCGCGGGGUACGCGCUGCCCCCCGGCGUCGACUCUAAGGACCUCAGCAACAGCUUCUUACAGGAAGAGAUGCACAACCUGCCUCCUGCUUACGACAGCAUUAAUCAUGAUUUGCCCAGUCACGUACCGAACCCAAUGCCGCCAACAGCGCCAACGCCACAGCCGCGCGCGCGCAUGCCCCCCUCCCACAGCUUCCCGGAGCUGCCGGAGCUGCCCUCCGUGCCGUCCGACACGCUGCCCGCCACGCCCCGCGCGCCGCACGCCGCCGCCCCGGCCCCCGACGAGAUCGACUUCGAGGACUUGAACCGGCGCUUCGAGGAGUUGAAGAAGAAGAAGUAGUCAGGAGAGUUAGGUAGGGCUGAACAAAUUGAGAUCCGCUUCGUCAUAAUAAUUCACGUUGAUUAUAGUUGGUACCGUUUCAAUACGACGCGCGACAA